AUGCGCCCCAGUUAUCUACUCGUGUCGGUCCGCUCGAGUCAUCCCCGACCAUUAGGCGCGCACGUUUGUUACACAUAUUCCAAUCGUCGCGACAGUUCCUUUUUCGAAACCGGUAGCAGCAGAGCCUCGUCGACCGUCCGUGUCAACGGUGGUCAUCGGCCCCCGCUGAGGGAAUCUUCCGAGGAGGGCGGCGCGCAGACCGCUCUCGCCGUGUGUGAACGCGUGGCCGCACAAAAAACGGAUAGGCGGCCAAUAAAAACCCCGUCGGGAGAAACCGAGGGGCGUGCGGGUGCACCGCGCUGCGCCGGUAAUUGCACGCUGCAGUCUCUCUCCGCCGGGCUGGCUGCGCGCACGCAGCCUCACCACCCCCUACGCAGCCGGAUCUCGUCCGUUAUCGGGCCUCGCGUGCGCACUGUUUCUGCUCGGUCAGAUUCCAUUCCUCAAGGGGUUGUAGUGUAUAAUCGGCGGACUGAGCGCCCCACGGCGAUGGCUGCACCCGUCGCGGGGCCAGUAUCCACUGAAGGGCAGGCGGGCCCCACCGGCCCGGCCGCCGAGGAGGGCGCCAUGAAGGGUGUCGAGGCAACACCGGAAGAGCAGGAAAGGCUGGCAACCGGCAACAACAAUGGCUCGCUCGACUGCAAGCUGCCCGCACCGCAGGAGCCCGAGCCGCGUUCCGCCUUCCACUCAACGCGCGUCUUCAUGCUGGUGUUCCUCUCGGGCUGGGUGCUGCAGGGCAUGUUCCUCACGUACUUCGUGAGCGUCACCACUACGAUCGAGAAGCUGUUCAAGGUGGAGUCCAAGACGACGGGAACGCUCUUAGCCGCGACGGAGAUAGGGCAGAUAUGCACGGCGCUGUUUCUGACGUACCUCGCCGGUCGCGGUCACCGGCCGCGCUGGAUCGCCUGCAUGAUGCUGGUGUUGGCGGUCGGCAUAAUCGGCUGCAUGAUGCCGCAUAUGUCCUACGGGACUGAGCUGCUCGGGGUCCACCUGGACUCGCACACGGCCGGCUCUGGUCCGGUGUGCGCGAUCGACAAGAACUCCUCCCUGAUUAAAUGCGACGACGCCCAAGUGAAGAGCUCGGAGACACGCUCGUCCAUAACGGCGGUCGUCAUACCGUGGCUGUUCAUCUGCCUCCUCGUGGUCGGCGUGGGCCAAACGGGCAUCGCCACCCUGGGCAUCCCCUACGUGGACGACAACGUCGGCAGCAGGCAGUCGCCGCUGUACAUGGCAAUCACAAUCGGCAUCAGGGUCAUCGGACCAGCUCUCGGUUUCCUGCUGGGCGCUCUAUGCACCAGGGUCUACGUGAACCCACUUACGGACCCCGGCUACGACAAUACAGACCCGCGAUGGGUCGGCGCUUGGUGGCUAGGUAUGGUGUUCAUAGCGGGCUUCAUAGUCAUGCUCUCGGCCCUGAUGUUCUUCUUCCCGCGCCAGAUAAAGCAGAGCCCGCAACCCCCGCCCCCGAAGAAGAGCAAGGAAAAGAGCGAGCCGUUGUUUAAAGACUUCUUCGCUACGAUCAAGCGGCAGUUGACCAACGACAUCCUGAUGUGGCGCACGGCCAGCUCGGUGCUCCACCUGAUGCCGAUCAGCGGCGUCUACAGCUUCCUGCCCAAGUACCUGGAGAAGCAGUUCCGGCUGCCGACUCACGAUGCUAACCUUGUCUCCGGGCUGGGCGGGAUCCUCGUGAUGGGCCUGGGUAUAAUCACGUCGGGCGUGGUCAUACUGAAACUGGUGCCGACGGCGAGGCAGGUGGCCGCGUGGACGGCUGCCUCCGCAGCGAUGUACAGCGCUGGCAUGGUGCUUCUGAUGUUCGUGAGCUGUCCCGAGGAGAGCUUCAGGAUGCUGAGCGAGAACGGGGUGACCAGCAACCUGUCUUGCAGCGCCAAUUGCCACUGCGAAGGCGCUCCCUACAGCCCAGUAUGCGGACAGGACUCGUUCACUUACGUGUCGGCGUGCCAAGCGGGCUGCGCCGGCAGCCGCCAGUUGGACAACAGCACGUGGCUCUACUACAACUGUUCCUGCGUGGACGAGCACGAGCGGGGAGAGAAGGCGAUCAGCACCAUCGAGCGCUACGAGCUGCUGAACUCUACGCAGCUGCUACAAGGUGGCGGGUUCGCGGUGAGCGGCGAGUGCGGCGGGCCCUGCGCCCAGAUCUACGUGUUCGUGGCGAUAUUCGCCGCGGCGAUGUUCGUGCACGCUACGGGCGAGGUGGGCGCGGUGCUGCUCAUAAUACGCUGCACGGACAAGCACGACAAGGCGAUGGCGAUGGGCGUGAUACAGUUCGCGAUCGGCGUGUUCGGCAACGUGCUGACAACGACAGCCUGCGCCACCUCUACCUUGGUAACUUGUCGCACCACCGUCGAACGUCUGUCCGCCGGCCUGAUGUUCCUCGCGUUCAUAAUGGACAUGCUGGUGUGGAGCAAGGCGGGCCGCAUCGACAUGAACCCCGCCGAGCCGGCCGCGCCGGACGCCGCGCCGCUCGCUGCCCGCGCGGCGCCCACCGACACGCAACUC